AGCUGAUAACAACAAUUUUUGAACCAGUAUCUUAUUAAACAAAUUUGAAAUGUAUUUGGUUUUGUGUAUUAUAUUUUCUGUUUUUGCAUAUUCUGCUCAGGAGACUGUAAAGGUAUCUGUUUUUUAUGAAUCAUUAUGUCCUGCAUCACAAGAAUUUAUUCAAACUCAAUUUUAUCCCGUAUACCAAAAAUUAGGACCUGAAGCUUUAACUGUAAAACUGUUCCCAUAUAGCCAGGUUAAGGUAAAAAAAUCGGAGUUGAACAUUAAAUGUCAGCACGGAGAGGAGGAAUGUUUUGCUAAUAAAAUUCAAGCUUGUGCCCUGGGCUUAAAUGACUCUAACGAAAAUUCUAUCAACUUUGUAGGAUGUAUCAUGUCAACCGAUGAACCUCAAAAGAAAAGUUUUAAUAAAAAAUGUGCAAGAAAAAAUAAAGUCUCCUGGACAGAUAUAAAGGCGUGUAUUAAUUCAGACCAAGGGGAUACAUUUAUUUAUGAAAUCUACAAUACAACAAAAGCAUUAACUCCCAAAUUAAAUUGGGUACCACACAUUAGAUUUAAUGACGUUUUUAACCGAACUGCAGAACAAGCUGCUAGAGAAAAUUUAUUGCAUACUGUGUGUGAAAAGUAUGAAACGAAAAAACCCGAUGGAUGUGAUGAAGCACACCCAAUUUCAACUGAAGAAGAAGAAGACGACUUUUAACGAAAAUAAAAAAACAUUUUAAUUUAAAAUAUCUUUAUUGUAGUAUUAGAGAACAAGAUGCUAAAAAUUUGUUCUGACCUUAAAAAAUUCUAUACAGUGUAUCU